GUCGGCCAAUAGGAACGCUGCUCUGGGUUUCUGCGCUAAUAAGCUGUCUGUUGUGAAGAGGCGGAGGAAUGGCGGGAGUAAUGGAGUACAGGAAAGCUGCGGAUCUGUAUCAUCGGUUAAAGGUUAUGUCAUGCCCAUGUCUGGAGGGUAUUUAUCUGACAGAGCCGCAGAAUAUGUAUGACUUGCUUUGCACUCCUUCUGCUCAUCGCCUGGACAUCUUGGAGUGGAUAUGCACAAGAGUUUAUCCACCUCUUCAAGACCAGUUGUCGUCUUUAAAAGAAUCCCAAGUGGAUGUAAAAGUGAAAGAAAUGGUUAGGCUUGGCUUUGAACUUCUGCUUUGCAGUUCUGAUGACAUGGACCUUAUUAAGGGGCUUGCCAGCCCACAGAAGCAGCUUUCCUUCUUCGGGCAAUUAAUGGACAUCAUUCAGAAUCCUGGAACACUUGCAAGUAACUUGACGGCACAGCCCGUUUCUCUUGGCACUGACAAAACCUUUGUAAACUGUGUUCGAGAAAAUGAAGAACUGUUGAAAGAUCUCUUUACCAGCUCCCAGUUCCAGACCACUCUGUACCCUGAGUGCACUCCGUGGCCAGCUGACCUCAAACCAAUCUUACUGACAGAGGAACCCAUACACAAACGGACACUUCAGUCCAAUAAGGAUGUAAUGAGUGACUCUUUAGAAGCAUUACAGAAAAUCUCUUCCAGUCUUCAAGCCUUGAAAGAAGAAAGUGUUUUCCUGAAAAGCUCUGUUCCCGGCAGCGAUACCAUCCUACAAACUCUAAGGUUGGCACUAACUGAUCUUUACCAGCUUAUAGCUGCCUUCACUCAAGUUUAUGAAAAUGAGUUUCAAGACCACUGCGGCCAUCCAACUCCUCAGCUUAGCCCUUCAGGACCACUCUUUCAGUCUGUUCACCGUUCUCUAAGUAUCUGUAGCAAGGAACUAGAAGCUAUUGCCCAGUUUACGGAAACAUCUGAGAACAUCUCAGGAGUGGUCAGACAAAGGGAACAGUCCAAAGAUACAUGGGGAGGCAGCAGAUUCACCACAUUGUCUGAGAAAAUUAAGGAACUGAAACAAAACUACGAGGCAUUCCAGGGGUCCUUACACGAGUAAUAGAAUCAUUAUUUUUGUAUCCAGAAAAGACCCGCUUGAGGAAAUGGCAUGCAAUGUAGGUGUGAGCCUAGAUUCUAAUUUACAAGCAGGUGUAACUGUAAGAAAGGAUUCAGUUUGUCAACCGCAGCUGCUAGUUAUGCAGUAACUGUAGUCUUGAAGGUUUACUUUUCAAACUGCUUGAUUCUGCAGGUUCCCUGCUUGGUAAGUUGGAAGAUAUAGCUACUUGCUGUUGUCUGAUGCAUCAUAAAAUGCAGGGAAG